CGAAAAUAUCAUCUCAGCACGUCGAAAACUGAAAAUUGAAUUUUAAUUGUGUAUUUCUAUUUUGUUUCAGUGUAUCAAUGGAUGUAGAUUAUGGAGACAAGCUUUAACAGUGACCUGUCAAGAAGCAUGCAACGGCACCAGCGACCGCCUCACCCCCUCGCACCUCUACUGCGCCUUGGGCUGCAACGACGCCGUGGCGCGCCACGUGCUGCGCCUGCGCGUGCGCCUCGGCACACCACCCGCACCCGCCCUGCUCGCCGACUCGCUGCGCCCCGACGGGCUGCGGCUCGAGUGGCGGCGCCCGGAGGCGGCGCGCGCAGGGCUGGGCUGCCACGUGCAGUGGCGCUACGAGGAGUACUCGACGGCGAUGGAGGGGUGGCAGUACUGCGCGAACGCCACGUGGGACGAGCAGAGCGGGACGUUCGACGUGGAGGGGCUGCAGCCCUAUACGAAGUACAGGUUCCGCAUCGCCCUGACGUCCCCCGCCGCCGGCCACCUGUCGCACCACCUCGGCGCCGCCGCCGCCCCCAUCGUGUCUGCCGAAAGCGUCGUCAUAAGCACGCGAGCGAGCGGCCCGCCCGCCUCGCCGCCUCGAAACGUACGCGCCACCCCCGUCGACGCGACCAGCGUCACCAUCAGCUGGGAACCCGGCCCGUUCCCGCACGGCCCGCUCCUCUCCUACGUGCUCAAUAUCAGCGAUUGCGACGCGCGUACCUCCGAAGUCAAGGACAUUCCUCCUGACAACUCAUUCAUAAUUGUGAGAGAUGUACGCCCUCUGAGGAACUACACGAUCGAAAUCAGGAUGAGGAAUGCAAGAGGAGCUGGUCCCCCAGCAACAGUUUCAGUUUCAACACCAGAAGAACGAAGAAUAAACAAUGUAGAGCAGCCUCCUUUGAUUUUGGGUACAAAUACCAGUAUUUUCGAACGAGACAACAUGUUGGAAGAGCCUAAGAGUAUUUACAAAAGCAAAAAUGAACUCAAAGGCUUGGGUUUUCAUUACAAUAAACAACUACUAUUCAUCAUCGAUAGUGAGGGGGUAGUAUCGAAAAUAUCACUCGAAAAUUCAACAACUGAAGUGAUAAACAGACUUGAAACUCAGAAACUGGACUUCAAUCCUUUGGAUAUUACAGUUGAUUGGUUGAAUGAUCAGCUUUAUGUUCUAGGGGAAGUAAAGUUUCAGAUCUCUAAAUAUAUUAUCAAAAGGUGUAAUUUUGAUGGUAGUGGGUUAACCGUUGCAUAUGCAGGGCUAACCAAGAAACCAGCUUCUAUGCAAAUAGAUCCAUUGAACGGGUAUUUGUUUUGGACUGUACAGGAUUACAAUAUUGGAGGGCUUUUUCGUCUAGACAUCAACGAUAUCAGUAACGGUAUCAGACACGAAGUGAGAAUUAAAAAAAUUCUGAACGAAACAGAAUUAGGUGCAUUUACUUUCGAGUAUCACAAUUUCAAUAUAUUGGUAUCUUAUCAAAGGCUGAACACCAUUAUGUCAGUCACUUUAGAUGGUAAAGAAGUAAGGAACAUCCGUACAUCCGUUGCCACUCCAAAACUUACCAAAGUCAGGUCUCUUGCCAUGGUGAACAAAAAAUUUUACUGGACUGACGGGACUGACGUUUUCAAUGAGGAAUACCACGAAGCGAGCAGGAGUUAUUUUCACAACACCAUACCUCAGCUAACGAAUGGCAAUUACAAGACAGUGUUCAUAAAUUUACAAAGUUUCCAGCCAUGGCCCACUCCUAUUAAUCCUCCAACUAAUGUUGAAGCAAUUUUCGGGAGGGAUGUUGCUAAAACGAGAUGGCAACCACCACAUCUCGUGGGUCUUCAAGGCAAGGGCGCCUGGCAAAACUGGUCAUACGAAAUAUUGAUCAAAGAAGUCAGCACUGGCAAAACAACGACUCACACAAAUAUCACCAAUACAUUUUUUACUAUAACGAAUCUGAAGGAGAACACCGAAUAUAUUUUGAAAGUAGCCGCUUAUACAAACUCUGGUAAAGGUCCAUGGUCCACCGAUUUCCAAGGAAUCACGUUGAACGCUUCGAAAAGCCCAGUCCUUCUUUGGUCUGCUGCAGAUGGACUGCUCAAAUCGAAUGCUGCCGGGGAAAACGUAGAGACUAUCAUAGAUAAAAGUAAAAUGAAGGAUUAUCUUGUUUCUGACAUCGCUGCGUAUAAAGAUCAAAUUUAUUUGGUUACGAAUACAUCUCAGGUCUAUUGGUACAAUACUACCACGAAAAUUCAAAGCCGUCUGGUUGGUUUGGAGUCUGUUGGUAGCAUUGCUGUUGACUGGAUCGGUAUGAAGCUAUAUUGGACGAAUCCUAAGCUACAAUCGAUCUUUCGAGGUAAUCUUGAUGGGAAAGAAGAUGAACCACUGAUAUCAGAACUAGCAAAAGAACUGAAUAUAGACUCUGUGAAGGCGUACAUCUAUUGGUCUACUGGAAUAAAAGUUGAAUGUGCACGGUUAAAUGGAAGCGAACGAUACAAAUACCAUGAUGUUCAGUUAUUUUCUGGAAAACAAGUUAUGGGUCUAACACUGGAUCUGGAACAAAAAUACAUAUACUGGAUCGUCCGCGGAUUCGAAGGCUCGAUUUUAUACAAAGCUCGCAUGCAAGGUUACUGGGACGGCGAAAUGCCUAAGGUCGAGGUUGUUUCCAGCCUACAGAAACCCAACAUACAAGGUCCUUUGUGUUACUUCCACAAGCGAUUGCUGUGGCUGCAAGACGAUAAACACGCGGCCAUCAGCGAUCUUUCUGGCAAAAAUAUCGCUACCAUCAGUGGAAACCACAUCCAGGGCUUGAAUAUGGUGUAUGUAGUGGACAACUCUUUAUACACCCUACCAGACGAUACUGAUCCAUGGCUGCAAGUCAACGUGAGACCCGAACCGGUAGAUGAAGAUUCGAUUAAAGUCGUUGGUUCCUCCAAAUCGUUCAAUAUCACCUGGAAUUCUGUGAAGAACGUGAAUUAUGGCGAUGUAUUCUACGAGAUAAAAAUCGAUGAUCCCUCAGAAUGGAGUGACCCACCGAUAAUCACCACUACCACAUCGCUCAAAUACUGGCGGGAAAUUUCCCCCUUCACCCCUCUGAAUAUAACAAUCAAAGCAUUCACGUACUGGGCUUCCUCAUCCCGCAUACAAGCGAAAAUAUUCUCACCGUCUUCUACGCCAUCCGCUCCCAUGAACCUCCGAGCCUUCGUGGAGUACAAACCGUUCUCCUCCCAUGACAACUACUUCGCCACCAUCAUAGUCAGAUGGGACCCGCCCCUCUACCCCAACGGGGUCAUCCAAGGGUUCAAAGUGCGUUGUUGGUACGAGGACAACGAUGUCGAGAAAGAGUUGUGCGAUAACGUCAUAGUAAGCGGAAACGAGACCGAAUACAGACAUGAAAUGAUGGAGAACACCUUCACCGACUAUUACUUCCAGCUGCAAGCUUUCACGAAAAUCGGCCUAGGCCAGUCUUCCACCCGCCUCAAUGUCAGCAUAGCCAUGGAACAACCCGUCCCCACCCUCCUGGUGGCCAAUCAGAACUCGAUAUACCUGCAAGAUAUAGACAUGAACGCUACUGUCUCAUUGGUAGACAGCAUAACGGAACCAAAGGAAGUUACCUAUCUGUUCAAAGAGAAGAAACUGUUUUGGCUUGACAAGAAGGGAGAAUUAUUCGAAAGCGAUAUUCAGGAGAUGACUACUGUUAAAUUUUUCGAAGUGCCAAGUGGGGCAAAGGGAAUGACGAUCGAUUGGAUAGAAAGGAGUUUGUAUUAUAGUCAAAACGUUGGGGAGAAUAAGUCGUUUGUAUUCAAAAUCAAUCUCAAUCUAGAACCGUUGAAUAGCGAGAAGAUUUUAGAAAGGAACGCUAGCAUAGUAGAUAUUGAAAUGUCGCCAUUCUCCAGAAGCGUAUAUUGGAUCGAAACAACUGAUAAUACGAAAUUUGAAUUGAUGAAAAGUGAUUCCAGUGGCUUGAACGUUGGACCAUUCUUCACCAAGCACAACAGCUCAUCAUGUAAUUGUCCUAGUGUGCUAAAUGUUGGUCCGUCAUUUACCAUCAAUCAUUCCGAUGUCAACAUGAGACCAAAACUUACCUUCAUUAAUAGAAACACCCAGAAUAUUACUUGGGCCGACCAGAAUGGAUGUAUGUGUGGAGUGGUUGCCAGUACGAGCGAGGUUACAAGAAGUGUGAAGGUUGAAGAUCUUGAGGUCGAUGUCGACACAAUUUAUUGGAUGGACAAAAAUGGACUUCAUGUUUUGCACAAGCGGGACGGAAAAUGUAUUGAUAUGAAUGUUACAAAACAGAAUGGAAUAUCCGAUAUGGUUAUAUACGGGCAACACAUGCAACCUUACCCGUCAGAAAAGUGUCUGAGUGUGAAAUCACACAACUACUCUAUCUCUUUGACCUCACAAUCAGCAAAUUCUUUAGUACUCGAAAUGCCGAAGCCAAUAAUUGAUCAAGAAUGUUCGAACAUCUCUAUGGCCACGAUGAAAUACACGAUUUUCUAUACUGAAUACACCGAAGGUUUGGAAAGCUGUGAGGAGAGUAAUUUCAAAACAUUGGUUACAUCCAAUUCGACACAAGAAAUCGGAGGUUUGAAGCCUUAUACGAAAUACCUGGUUUGUGUUUCUGUUCGUAACCACUUCAGUAAGGUGGAAGAUGUGAUUAUUGGCCCUCCCAGUACAUUACAAACAGCACCAGGAGUACCAUCCAAACCCCAAAAUAUCACAGCAAAAGUACUUAGUCCGAACUUAGCUGUCGUAACUUGGCAGCCUCCAGAAGAGCUAAAUGGCGUAAUUGUCAACUACGAAAUUCACUGGCAGACUGAAAGCGCUCCAUCUGGAGUUCGUCAAAAAGGGGAAUUGAGCAUAAACGACUCCGAUGUACUAUACACAUUUCUAAACAGGUUGUCGCCGAACGAAACUUACACGAUUUGGGUGAGAGUAUAUGGGGAGAAGAAUAAAACUUCGAAUGACAGUGACAGGGUUCAUAUCACUACGUAUCCAGAGCCGUCAGUUCUAGUGCUGGACAACAGAACAGCUUAUAAAAUGGAAUUGUCUUGGGAACCAACAAGUCACAUUGUGAAAUAUGAAAUAGAAUUUGCGACGAUCACUACAAAUGAAUGGGUGAACAUUCAGAAUGUGCAACUCAAAAACAGGACAGCUAUUAUUGAAGUGGAUAAUCUGAGACCUAAAACACAAUAUAAAUUUAGGUUGAGGUUAUGGUACGAUGGCAAUGAGGAGGUGUAUGUGUGGCCUAUGGACUCUAGGUUUUCUUUUGAGACCUUAGGUGACAAUCCAAGUCCUCCUGGUAUUCCAAUAAUCCAGUAUGUGAAACCAAACAUUUACAAAGUUAUUUGGGAAGCUUCCAAAGACAAUGGAGCACCUAUUGAAAUGUACAAACUGGAAGGAAAAAUACUGAGGUUCUACAGAAAUAAAAGAAGCACAAAUCGAACAGUUCCUUUCUACAAUACAGCCCCAUCCAUUGAAUUGGAGGACCCAGAUAAAUGGGAAACGUUCUACAAUGGAACAAAUACUUCUUGGAUAAUAAACGGAUUGGACGAGAAACAAAAAUAUGCGUUCAGGGUGUCUGCUUUAAAUUCCUAUGGUUGGAGCAAUACGAGUGAAGAGAGUAACGAAUUCGACCCUAUGGCAGCAAGAGUGGCCGAAAAGCAGAGUCCAAUGAAAUUGAUUUUGAUAGCAACUUUGGUACCAAUUUCGAUUUGUGCGAUUUUUGUGCUGAUUUUCGUUUACUUAAUUUGUUCUGGAAAACGAAGCAAACAAAAGAAAUUACAGCAAGUAGCACUGUCAGUGCCUAGAGCACCAGAUGUAGAACUGGCAACGUUGAGAGAACUACCGAGAAGAGGCAUCCACAAUACGAAUUUAUUAUACGUUUCUACCCAACCUUCUCCAGAGGAAUUCACAUUCCUACCGCAAAUUAGAAGGGAACAAAUAACUUUGACGAAAUUUUUGGGCAGCGGUGCUUUUGGAGAAGUCUUCGAAGGCAAAGCCAAAGGAAUUAGUAGUAGUGAAAUAGACACGAGAGUUGCUGUGAAGACCCUCAAAAAAGGUGCUUCAGAUCAAGAAAAGAGCGAGUUUCUUCAAGAAGCCCAGCUGAUGAGCCAUUUCAAGCAUGAGCAUAUUCUUCAACUGCUAGGAGUUUGUCUAGACAAUGAUCCUCAUUUCAUCAUUAUGGAACUUAUGGAAGGAGGAGAUCUACUCAAUUAUUUGAGAGAUUCACGAAAUGUAUCGACGAAUACACCUCCACUUACUCUCAUUGAACUAUUGAAAAUGUGUUUGGAUGUAUCGAAAGGGUGUCGAUAUCUAGAAGAGAUGCAUUUUGUGCAUCGUGAUUUGGCAUGUCGCAACUGUCUUGUCUCGUCCUACGACAGUGAAUCGAGAAUUGUCAAAAUAGGAGAUUUCGGACUUGCCAGAGAUAUCUAUAAAAACGAUUAUUACAGAAAGGAGGGAGAAGGUCUGCUUCCAGUAAGGUGGAUGGCUCCAGAGUCUUUAGUGGACGGUGUCUUCACUAGUCAAUCAGAUGUAUGGGCAUUCGGAGUGUUAUUGUGGGAAAUAAUGACCUUAGGCCAACAACCGUACCCCGCCAGAGCUAACUUAGAAGUGCUACACUAUGUAAGGAGAGGUGGGAGGUUAGGAAAACCAACAGAUUGUCCUGAAGAUCUUCAUAACCUCAUGUUGAAAUGUUGGGCAUUCGACCAGGAAGAAAGACCAACUUUCAAAUACUGCUUCGAAGAACUCGAGAAUGUUCACAGGAAAACCUUGAGAAAUCCUACCACUGCUGCACAUGAAGGACAAUAUAUUAGCACUGUCCCAGAAAUGAUCGCCGGUGUGUCGAAUGAAGCUUAUUUUCGAGACGAAAAUCAUAACAGCUCAGGAAAUUCGUGGAAGAGUGACAAUGAAGAUGAAGCAACUAAGGAGAAGACUCCGUUUUUGGAUAAGGAAGAGAAUAAAGUUGAGAAAGAAAUUCCCAAAUAUCUGGAAUUGAUCUACGAGCCUCGACCUGUUUUAGAGAAUGACGGAUACGAGAUUCCAAAUCAGAUGAUCGAGAAACUUGAAGGGAAUAGUACCUGUAAUAUACCAAAUAGUGGUGUGUUACCUGAUGUGAAAUAG